UUUAUAUGAUCAUUGGUCCUUCCGGGCACCACAGUUCUCCACAUCGUAGCCUACUAUAUAUAUAGUCUAGUGUUCAGCUUCAUUAACUGUCUUGGAAAUCGUGUUUAAGCAAAUUGUAAUUUUGUUAGAGACGUCAUGCGUCGACCCCUUAGAGAAAUUCUGGAGGUUGGACUGGACUUUAUAGAGUUCUUAGGAGAGACUAAUCGAAAAUCUAUAACCGAGAAAGACCGGCUUCGAGAUAUAUACAAUUCAGAGUUCAGAAACAGGGCCGGAGGCAAAGACCCGAACUUUUCAAGCGUCUUAUAUGCGCUGAGGAAGUUCCACAAAGCCAGUGUACGAUCGGGGACGGUACUCUUCAAUCCUAAGGUGCGACUGGUGUAUCAGGACCAGUGGAGGACGUCCCGCAGAUGCUCUCAGCCCGCCAGCAGUCAGCCCGUACCCGCGGGCCCCUCUGCUGCCCCCUCUGCCCCCUCUGCCCCCUCUGCCGGUGCCCCUCCACCGGGCACUGAGACCCAAGUGCAGGCUCGGAGGCGGCUGGCCAACCAGGUGCUGCAGUCCCUGAGGGAGAACCGGUCCACCUUCAUCGCCGACAAGUUUGGGAUCGAGAUCACCUCCGAUCGGCCGGCCAGCGCCGAGGAGGGCAAGAUCCGGUUUGACGUGGAGCGCGGCAGGGAGUGCACGGUGACGCUCUACAUCGCCAACACCGGGACCGGGCCGGUUUACUUCUGCUACUACAGCGCCCUGCACUGGAUGCGCUGCUGCGCUCUGUCCGAUAAAGAGAGGGUGACGCGGGUUAAUCCACUCUGCCUCAGUCCCGGUCAGCGGUAUGAGGUACAGGUCAGUUUCCACUCUCAGUAUGUGGGCUUCUUCCCUGCCACGCUGGCCUUUGAGUUCAAGACCUCGCUGGUCUCCAAUGCUUUCCAUAUCGUACGCUUCCUGGAGGCCAUGUGCAGCAGCAGCCUGGCUGUGGAUCUGGCCCCUGUCACCCCCUACAAGCCCCAAGCGGCCAUUAAACGCGUGGUGAUGGCGUGCACGAUCGUAGAGGGAGAACCUCCUGAGAGCCAUGUUGUGCAGCGGCUGGAAAUGGUGUUGCCUUUGGGUGACUAUAAAUGCCCGCAGCCUGUGAGGAUCUUGCCAAGGUUCCUGCAGGAUGGCGGACAUUUCAGUGAAGAGCUUCAAUGUAUGAAGGAUCUCCUGGAAUCUCCCUUGAGCUUCCAGAACUACGCCAAGCGCUUUCAGCUGCUGCUCCACCUGGAGGAGAUCCAGAUGGAGGUGGACAUUAAGAAGUACGAUAUGCACAAUGCCCCGAUGGUCAGGGACGCUGCCAACAAGAGACUGCUCGCCCUGGACGUCCCGGGUGUGGCAGAAAACAGACCCUCGGUCCUGAAAGGGGACCACCUCCUGGUGUCCAUGGUUGGGGACGGGGAACCCCUCACCAAGUACAAGGGCUACGUCCACAGGGUGGAGCUGGAGUCCGUGAAGCUGGGCUUCUCCAAGAAAAUGAUGGACGGCUUCAUAGACAAAAUGAAGUUCAACGUGGAGUUCACCAUCAACCGCUUCCCUCUGAAGCUGCAGCACCGGGCCGUGCUGCUGGCGGUCCAGAACCGCCUGGAGGAGGUGCUGUUUCCCUCUGGCUGCCGAGCUGAGAACGGGCCCCCCCCCUCACUCAGGCUGUUUGACCGGAAGUUGGAGAAGAACCCGGAGCAGUACGGCGCAGUCCAGUGCAUCGUGAUGGGAGCGUCUAAACCCGCACCCUACCUGGUGUUUGGGCCUCCUGGAACAGGAAAGACCGUCACUGUGGUUGAAGCUAUCAAGCAGGUGCACAAGGUGAACCCCUCGGCCCGCAUCCUGGCCUGCGCCCCGUCCAACAGCGCGGCGGACCUGCUGUGCGAGCGCACGCUGCAGAACGGUGGCGUGGACGCGCACCACAUCUACCGCCUGUACGCCAGCAGCAGGGACCCCCGGGAGGUCCCCGCUGCGCUCAUGAGCUGCUGCAACUGGGACCUCGCCCAGGACUGCUUUGUGUUCCCCUCCAAGGAGAGCCUGAUGGAGUACAAGAUCCUGGUCACCACCGUGGUGACGGCUGGGCGGCUUGUGUCCGGAGGCCUUCCCACAAGCCACUUCUCCCACAUAUUCAUAGACGAGGCGGGGCACGCCGUAGAGCCUGAGUGCAUCAUUGGCCUUUCAGGGUUACUGUGUGCGGAGACUGGACAGCUGGUCCUCGCUGGCGACCCUCAACAGCUGGGGCCCAUCCUGCGAUCCCCCCUGGCCAUUCAGCACGGACUGGGCCUGUCUUUGCUGGAGAGGCUUAUGAAACACAACCGUCUUUACAAGAAGGACGAGGAAACCCAGGAGUUCGACAGACGCUUUGUCACCAAGCUGCUGAGGAACUACAGAUCCCACCCCGCCAUCCUCAAGAUCCCUAAUGAGCUCUUCUACGAGGGGGAGCUGCAGGUGUACGCAGACGAGAUCCUGAGGAACUCCUACUGCUCCUGGGAGCACCUGCCCAAGAAGGGCUUCCCCUUGAUUUUCCACGGAGUGAGCGGGAAGGACGAGCGAGAGGGCAACAGCCCGUCCUUCUUCAACAUUUCCGAGAUCGACGUCCUGGUCGACUACCUCAAGAAGCUGCUGCUCGAGUCCCAGGGCAAGAAGGGCAUCGCCAGGCUCUCACCCAGGGACAUCGGCAUCAUCGCCCCCUACAGGAAGCAGGUUCAGAAAAUCCAGAAAGCCAUCAAAUCUGUUGACAAGGAGCUUAGCGUGCUGAACGACAUCAAUGAACUGAAGGUGGGCUCGGUGGAGGAGUUCCAGGGGCAGGAGCGGAAGGUGAUCCUGGUUUCGGCCGUACGCAGCACCGCCAACUACGUCAAGCUCGACCACCAGUUCAGCAUCGGCUUCCUGAGGAACGAGAAGAGGUUCAACGUGGCCGUGACCCGAGCCAAGGCCCUGCUGAUCGUGGUCGGAAACCCCUUAAUCCUCACCAAGGACCCCACCUGGGGAAGGUUCAUCAGCUACUGCUCAGAGAUGACCGGGUACUGUGGCUUCGACUACACCGCUGAAGAGGGGGAAGAAGAAGUGAUAGACCGCUUGGCUGCACUCAAAAUCAAAGAAGAAGAGGUGGAGACCGAGGAAAGUGUGGUGCAGCAGCAGCUCCACCCGGAGUGGAGGAACGAACAGUGAGCUUUUGGAAGACUGGGCGGGGCUGAAUUCCAAAGAAGAGGUGAUGUCACAGGGGACCAAGGACCCACGACUGCGGCAGUGCAAAACCCAGGGAAAGUGUUGGAUUCACUGAGCCUUUAUUGACCAUCCUGAAAGGCCCUUUGUAGUCAAAAUAACAUUUAAUUUUAAGCAGGCAAUGUGUUCAGUGGGCUGCCAGUCAGUGAACUGGAAGCAAAUAUACAUUACAGAACAAACUGUAAUGAGGUGCCAAUACUGACCACUUGUUGAGAAAUGACUUUACAUAAAAAUAUUACACAUAUCAUUGAACAUAUGUUUAAAAAGUGAGUAUACAUCUUGUGGCUGAAGAAACAUUUUAAAUGUAAGAAAAGUGACUGCACUGGGUGUAUAAACAGGCUGGUGACCAGGGGUGAUCAAACCAACUUAACACUUACCUCAGGGAAAUAUUUAAAAUGAUUUUUAAAAAUAUUUUAAUAUUUUUUUAAAUUCCUGAAAAUCAUUCCAGAAAUUCAACAUUCAGUAGAGCUGAAUGAAACUGCAUUCAUAUUUACAUAUUUUACAGAGCAUUAUUGUCAAAAUAUAUUAGUGAAAAGAUUACAUUCUCAUAAUUGUGAAACUUGAUGUAAUUUAUUGUAGAAUAAUUUAAUAAAUCGUUGAUUACAUGUACAAUUUACCAAUGAACAACUUUAA